AUGGCAAAUACUCCUCACGGUGGUUUCCUCAAGGAUGCGCAUGCUCGGGAUGCUCACAAGUAUAAUGAAUUAUUAGAUGAAUCCAAGACAUUGCCAUCAAUAGUUUUAACAGACCGACAAUUAUGCGAUUUGGAGCUUAUCAUGAAUGGAGGGUUCUCACCUCUGGAAGGAUUUAUGAACCAAGGAGACUAUAAUCGCGUUGUAAAUGAACUUCGCCUAAAAAAUGGUUGCCUUUUCUCUAUGCCUAUAACUCUCGAUGUAUCCGAAUAUGACAUAAAAUCAUUAGGACUCGCACCCAACAAACGUGUAGUGUUAAGAGAUCUUCGUGAUGAUGCGCCAUUAGCCAUCCUAACAAUCGAUGAUAUUUAUCGUCCGAAUAAGGAAGAAGAAGCCAUAAAGGUCUUUGGCAGUAAUGAUGCCGCUCACCCUAGUAUAAAAUAUUUGCAAACCAAAGUCAAGGAGUAUUAUGUCGGGGGGAAUGUAGAGGCAAUUCAGAUGCCCUCGCAUUAUGAUUACAUCGCUCAUAGACUCACACCUUCUGAACUUCGUGCACACUUCAAGAAGCUUAACUGGAUUCGCGUCGUAGCAUUUCAAACUCGAAACCCUAUGCAUCGUGCACACCGAGAAUUAACGGUCCGCGCAGCACGAAUUCGCCAGGCUAACGUUCUCAUUCAUCCCGUGGUGGGUCUUACUAAGCCCGGAGAUAUUGAUCAUUACACGAGAGUCAGGGUUUAUCAAACAAUAAUGAAAAAGUACCCUAAUGGGAUGGCUACCUUGAGUUUGUUACCGUUAGCGAUGAGAAUGGGCGGUCCACGAGAAGCCCUCUGGCACGCAAUUAUUAGAAAGAACUUUGGUGCUACACAUUUCAUUAUCGGAAGAGAUCAUGCAGGUCCAGGAAAGAAUUCUCAAGGUGUUGAUUUCUAUGGGCCCUAUGAAGCUCAGGAAUUAGUAGCAAAGUACUGCGACGAACUACAAAUCGAAGUUGUUCCUUUCCAGAUGAUGACAUAUAUUCCCGACUCGGAUGAAUACAUGCCAGUUGAUGAAGUGCCAGAAGGCACUCAAACACUCAACAUUUCGGGCACGGAGUUACGACGUCGUCUUAGAAGUGGCGCACACAUUCCUGAAUGGUUUUCAUAUCCGGAAGUGGUGAGGGUACUUCGGAACACCCAUCCGCCGCGAUCAAAACAAGGAUUCACGUUAUUUUUAACGGGAUACUAUAACUCGGGAAAGGACUUAGUCGGAAGAGCGUUGCAAGUAGUAUUAAACGAACAAGGCGGGAGAUCUGUAAGUCUGUUGCUGGGCGAGAUCGUGCGUAAUGAACUUUCAUUCGAAUUAGGUUUUUCAAGAAAAGAUCGAGAUUCGAAUAUAGCCCGUCUAGCAUUUGUGUCCGGUGAACUUACAAAGGCAGGCGCAGCUGUCAUUGCUGCACCAAUUGCGCCAUUUGCUGAUGCUCGCGCACAUGCCCGAUCGCUUAUUGAAUCAUACGGCGGAUUUUAUUUAAUCCAUUUUAUGGCGGUGAUAGGAUUUACAGGAGUAGAUGAUCCUUAUGAGGUACCUACAGAUGCAGACAUCGUGGUAGACAUUAGCAAGCAAAGUAUUAGCGAGAUUUGCCAUCAAAUUAUGUUAUUACUCGAAAAGGAUGGAUAUAUUGGUGAAAGAUAG